UCGCUCUCUCCGGGCAGACUUAUCAUCACCACACUCGCUCGCUGUACUCCACCACGCACCGCGCCCUCCUGUUUUCCUUUCUAUCCGCCUUCUUCCGGCCUCACGAGCCAUCCUCUUUUAAUCACAUCCCACGCUCGCUACCUUCUCACGUACCCAUCUGAUCAACGACCGGCUCACCCUCUCAUCACCGCCUCGAUCGUUUGUCCCCUUUCUUCCUGAUCUACAGCCGCAUCCGUAGCCGCCUCGGACUGGGACUCGGCACUACAGGCCUGGCCUAUCUACCGACCUCCAAACAGCAAGCAGCAAGCCAGACAACACAUCAGACAAGAUGGUCUCCACCAGCCUCGUCCGCGCUCUCAUGGUCGCCUUGACCGUCUCGGCGACCGCCCAGGCUUCCUGGAUUGCCAACGCCCCCCAGGCCGGCGACGUCGCCCUCGUCGAGAGACAGGCCGACAACAACACGUCCGGCAGCGCUACUACACCCACGGGAAGCCCUACAUCGCCCGUAGAUCCAACCUCGACCCCCACGUCAGCAGCUACGUCGGAGACGACGCCGGCCACGCCCACGACGCCCACUAGCGAACCCACAACUCCUACCAGCACUCCCACCGUUCUUCCUCCCACCACCACGCCAACCACCACCCCCGGCGAAUCCUCCACACCCACAAGCCCGAUCACGACACCUCCGGCUUCUCAGACCACUUCCAAGCCAGAGUCGUCGACACCUGCUAGCUCAUCGCUGCCUGGGUCUUCCUGGGUUUCGACGACCCUUACCACCACUUUCACCUCCACGGAUGCCAAUGGCUCGCCGACUGCAGUGGUCUCGACAAUCCCCACCAACACCUACGUUCCCCUGGUCCCCGGCAGCAGCCAGAACGACGAGGAGGCGCAGGCCAAGAACAAGAACAUCAUCAUCGGUGUGUGCGUUGGCGUGGGUGGUGCGAUUAUCCUUGGUGUUGCCGCCGUGCUCUUCUGGCGCCUUCGCAACAAGAGACGCCAGGAGGUUGACCACGACGAGCUGCAGAGCUUUGGCACUGGUUACGGCGCCCCCAGCGCCGCAGAGAAGACGGACGGCGGCGCCAGCAGCACUCGCAGCCCCUUCCAGAGCACCCUCGAGAGCUAUCACGCGCCGACUCAGACCAACACUGCCUCCAACUUCUAGACGUGCAUUCUUCCGUAUUUGUUGGAGCCAGCACUGGUUGCGUCGUCCCCCCUGGAAUUCGAGGAUAUUCCCAAGACAGCCAUUGGGUCUUUGUCAACUAAGGGCGGUUUUUCAUUACCGUGAUCCGAUGCGCUUCUCUGUUGAUUGCCUUUGACCAAGCCUCAAGCGCUGCGCCGCCGUUUCAUACAAGUAGAUUAUUUGCAUCCAGCGAGCCAUUCUGUGUUUUUACGAAAAGAAAGAGCAAAGAGUCUCUCAGCACACGAAUUCUCAUCGACUUGUCACGUUGGUUUGAACAUCUGGUGCCUGCCGUGACCGGCACUAUGGGGGAGAGAGGAGAGACUGACGUCGGAUCUGAUUAGUUGUAUACAGCCUUUGUUAAUACUAGACGUUUUUCUUCUCUUCUGA